ACAGCUGGCCCUAAUUGCGCAUGCUUGUGGGCCAGGUCUCUCUUUUUGCAGGGCAUUUGACCCCUAGUCGCGCGUGCCCGUGGGCUGGGCCCUUUUGCAGGACACUGGCCCCUGGCCACCCCGGGGACGUCCCAGAGUUUGGACUUCCGGGGUUGGCUCCCAGUCUGCUGCUUGUCACCCGCCAGGGCGUCGCCGUGCCAGUGCAUGGGCGAGGCCCUUUAAACUUCACUGUUUUUUAAACUUCGGGGGUGUGGUCGCCCUUGCAUUCUUCUUCCCGUGGCCGGUCAUCCCCGGACCCGCCAGGUCCUUCUCUUGUCCUGCCUUCCAGAUGCUUUGGAGUCAUGAGCCGGGAGGGCCCGGGGACCCCUUGGGUGGCCGAGGUGAUCCGAGAUCGCCUUUGUUUUGCCAUUCUCUACAGCAGACCAAAGAGUGCGUCAAACGAGCAUUAUUUCAGCAUAGAUAAUGAACUUGAGUAUGAGAACUUCUACGCGGAUUUUGGACCGCUCAAUCUGGCAAUGGUUUACAGAUAUUGUUGCAAGAUAAAUAAGAAGCUCAAGUCCAUUACAAUGCUGAGGAAGAAAAUUAUCCAUUUCACUGGCACUGAUCAGAGAAAACAAGCGAAUGCCGCCUUCCUUGUUGGAUGUUAUAUGGUUAUAUAUUUGGGGAGGACUCCAGAAGAUGCAUAUAGAACAUUAAUCUUUGGAGAUACAGCCUAUAUUCCUUUCAGAGAUGCUGCCUACGGAAGCUGCAGUUUCUAUAUUACACUUCUCGACUGUUUUCACGCAGUAAAGAAGGCAAUGCAGUAUGGCUUUUUAAAUUUCAACGCAUUUAACCUUGAUGAAUAUGAACACUAUGAAAAAGCAGAAAAUGGAGAUUUUAACUGGAUAAUACCAGAGCGGUUUCUUGCCUUCUGUGGACCUCAUUCAAGAUCGAGGCUUGAAAGUGGUUACCACCAACAUUCUCCUGAGACUUAUAUUCCAUAUUUUAAGAAUCACAAUGUAACUACCAUUAUUCGUCUGAAUAAAAGGAUGUAUGAUGCUAAACGCUUUACGGAUGCGGGUUUCGAUCACCAUGAUCUUUUCUUUCCGGAUGGCAGCACCCCUGCUGAGGCAAUUGUCCAAGAGUUUCUGGAUAUUUGUGAAAAUGUUGAGGGUGCCAUUGCAGUGCACUGCAAAGCUGGCCUUGGCCGAACAGGUACUCUGAUAGGCUGCUACCUCAUGAAGCAUUAUAGGAUGACGGCAGCCGAAAGCAUUGCCUGGCUCAGAAUCUGUAGACCGGGUUCCGUGAUUGGGCCCCAGCAGCAGUUUCUGGUCAUGAAACAGUCAAGCCUCUGGCUGGAAGGCGACUAUUACCGCCAGAAGUUGAGAGGGCAGGAGAAUGGACCCCUCAGAACAGCCUUCUCCAAACAACUUUCGGAUAUUGACGACAUUUCGAUAAGUGGGCUUGAGAAUCAAGACAAUCAAGAGCCAGAGCUGUAUAGCGAUGAUGAAAUCAGUGGAGUAACUCAAGGAGACAAGCUUCGGGCCCUGAAGAGUCGGAGACAGUCCAAAGCCAACUCUGUCCCCCUCACAUGUCCCCUAACUGUGCUGACCUCUGCACUGUGUAGUGUUGCCAUCUGGUGGAUUGUGUGUGACUACAUCCUUCCCACCCUGCUGUUCUGUCUUGAUGGCUUCAGAACACAGUAGCCAUCCGGACCCUUUGACAGAUAGUUUGCUGUUCCAGCCGUUUCAAGGACUAAGACAGUCUUGCGUUAAAAAACCGCUGACCAGCACUCCAGGGAAGACUAGGAACAGAAAAUCCCAACAGGAUUUAGCCAAUCGCUCUGAAAAAAAAACAGACACUGCAAAGGCCUUAGUUUCUCUCCACAUAAGAAGUUCACUCAAUGAAGAAAAUGUCACCGGCCUCUCAGCCACGCACUGACUGUAGGGUGUGGCUGAACAUUUGAGGGCCCGACUCCCCCUUUGUAAUCUCAAGUUGGAUGAAAGCUGCUAUCGUAAGUUUAGUCUCAGGUGUCAAUACCCGGCCCUCCGCCACCAGAGAGCUGUCUGGUGAGCGUGGUACAUGUGUGUUCCUGUGAUGGCAAUCGUGUUCGCUGCUGGCCUUCAGAAGGAUCUGAUGAAGGUCUCUUGGGUAUUUAUUUUUUGUUCAGCCUGUGACCGCUGUCUUGCAAUUAAAGAUGAAAGAAGACGAGCAUCUCUCCAGUGGUACCCUCCGUCUAAGACAGGAUUUGGUACAAUGUUUCUCUUUGCUCCUGUUAAUACUGUGGUGAUGUUCACUGUGUGAAGUACCCAAGCUGCUUGUCUUUCACCAAAGAGUGCUUUAAUAACAAUCUGUGAAAACUACAUUUAAACACUGUUACGUGUUGCUGUGGUUACCAAAACAUGCUAAAGAAUGUUGCUAGAGUGUAUGAACCUUUUCUCAGUUGAAAGGUUAUGUAAGUCCUUCCUUGUGUCAUUUAGGAUGAAGAUUUCAGGGCUGGGACGUUAGAUCGCUCAGUCACAUGUCAGAAUUGUCUUUCCUCCAGUACAUUAAAACCAAACAGCAGUGCUGAUGUUUGGUGGCUUUAAAAACAAAAUUGUUCACCCUCUGUAGAGUCUUUUCUCUGUGCUGCUGUGGAGUUUUGUUUUUUGUAUGAUUCACAGUUUGAUUUUAGUGGCAAUUGCUUCUGGAGUUAGGCUGUUUGUGUAAGAGAACUCACUGUUGCCUUUGGUUAGGGAAUACGACUAGAAACUAGCGUGCCUUCUCUCUUCACCCCUGCUGGAAGCAAACAGCACCUGUGCCAUGAAGCAAUUGCAAAGCCAGAAUUUAUCUGUUGCCAAAAAGAAAAAAACAGAGCCAAUCAUUAGAGAAAGCUCUAGAGUUGUCCUGCUUACCUCCACAGCAGAGGAUAAUGGUUUUUAUUGAUUCUUCCCAGUUUGGAGACUGGAGAAAUGCAGUAUUGAAAGCCAUUGAGAGCCAAUGCCUUCCUAAGACAUACAAAUGUCAGGCGAGCAGGCGACCCCACUUGAAAAGUUGCCCUUCUUGUAGAUGGAAUGAAUAAGUUAAAGUCUGGUAAAGAAAGAAAGAAAGAAAUUGAAAGACAUAGGAUCCCCCCUUUCAGUGUUUCUAUUUUCUGUGGCACUGGCUGACGUUGAGUUGGGGGCCUGGGGAUGUCGAUGUAGAAUCCACACGAAGAGCCCCUCCCCAGUCAGCUUUUAAACACCGGAGAAAGGCAGUUAAGAUCUAGGUAGGAGGAUGUUUCAUUUACUUGUAAUGCUAAAUCAAACUGCACCUGAGUCUAAAAUAGCAACCUCGCAGGGUGGUUCUUCCUCCCCUGAGCAAGCUAGGCCUAGUACAUAGGAGACCUUACUUCCGUGUGAACCAAGCUGGAUUUGCCCUGUGUAUCAGGAUGGAUGAACAGGGCCCGCCCACCGUGACUCAUGGUGAUUGAGUCUGGGAAUAAAACCACUUGGGCGUCAGUGAUAACCACAGUGCUUUUUAGAAAUUGCCCCUUUGUUUUCAGCUCCAAUUGCUACCACUGUGGCGUGGCUCUUGCUAAAAUUUCCUCUCUUGCUGGUUGCUUAGGAAACGUGAGUUGGUGAGGACACAUUCCCAGGAAAACCUACUUCGUUCAGAUGCUGUGGUGAUAAUUCUAGGGAUGGACAGUCACCAGAACCGACUGGUGGCAUCUAGGACCCAGGAGGUCUGGGUCUGACUAAUGGAAAAUCCUUCCUGCUUUGAAUUAGUGGGCAACCCCUCCCCAGCUUCAACUACUCAGAACCUUUUGGGGCAGAAGCCCCUGUUGCUACAGAGCAUAAAUCAGUGGCUGUUGGGUAGAGGGGCCCCUUAACUUAAGAACUUCAGAUAGCUUUGAAAGCCAUUGAGUCCUUCUCCAGCAGAAUUAGAACUGGGAAGUAUGCAUAUAGGUGAACGGGAACUCAGACCCUCCAGAGUUCCAGAGAGGAAUCUCUGCAAAGCCGGGCUUUUACAGACAGAUGAAUACAGUUACGAGGCCCAACUAGAACUCUUGUUGCCAAGAGGCAGGAAGGAUGGUCCCUGAACAGUGGUAGCCGUAUGCAGUGGUAGCCAUAUUGGUCAAACAUAGCCACAUGAUGCUCUUCCUCAGAACUUUACAGCUUUAACUUGACCCCCCAAACGUAGCCCCUACCCUUUGUCCUGCCCCAUGCCCUACCGCCUCUCCCCCACGGGUGGCUUCUACCUCUUGGCUUGGGCACCGACAGGUCAUAGAGGCUUUCUCAAGUGUUCUCAUGAGGCUCUUAGAAGGUUUUCUUGUCUAACAGACCUUUUCGACUAUCUGGGUAACUUUGUGCCUGGAAUGUUGAGGCCCCCGUUACCUUGAAUCGCUGCCAUUUGGUGUGUGUCCUAGAAGUAACAGCUGCUUUCUGCAUAUAUUUUUUGAAAGUUCUUACCAGAGUUUAGAAAGCAGUUAGGCAGAAACCUUAAAAAUCUAUUUUCUUUAAGAUUUCUCUUCCACUGAAAUGUCCUAGUGAGGUUAGCGACCGCUCUUGCAUUUCUCCUUAAAUCUGAGUGUUUUCCAUGUCACUGAGUGGAAAUAAUACUACAGAUGUGUUUUUUUCUUUUAAAAAAAAAAAAAAGACUUGCCUAUACUGUAUAAGAAAUUACCUCCUUAACGAUCCAAUAGAACUCACUGUGGAUAGAUGUGUCCAUCAGAUUAGAGUACCACAGUUUUGCAUCCAUCAUUUGAAGAGUCUAUUGUACGCUUGUGUGCAGAUGAUUAAGUGAAGUUUUAAAGUGUAACUGAUGAAUCAGUAUUUGAUCAAUCGUCUUGAUAUUUUAUUAAAUUGUAUAUUUCUAAUCAUAUUUUUUAAAGCUGAGAGAACUGGUUGGAUGUUUAUUCUCCUGAAGGUAUUUUUAAGACAAAGCUUCACCGUAGCCUGUAAACUUGGCACAUACAUGGUAGUUUUUGAUACUUCUUGUUGCAUUUGAAAAUCUUGUGUAUUGUAAAAUGGUUUUAUACAGAAUACUAAAUGGUAGAAAUUGUAUAAUUUACAAUCAUAUAAUUAAAAAUAUCAAACAGUU